CGCCUAUCCUUGGAAUAACCUUCAAUUGAGUCACCCCCUCGUGUCAAGAUGACUGCCGCCGAGUCUGUGAAGAGUGCCAUUGGGCUUGCGGAUAGCACCGCUGCCUCCCGCCAGGAAAUGUCGGAUGCUCGUCUUCCCCUCCAGUACCGCGACUCUUGCGCAGGCCUCCUGAUCCCAUUGAACCGCUGCCGCCAGCAAGAAUACUACCUUCCCUGGAAGUGCGAGGACGAGAGACACAGCUACGAGAAGUGCCAAUACGAGGAGUUCAAGAAGCGUGUUGCUAAGAUGGAAGAGCUCCGCGCCGCUAAGGGUGGUGCCCGGAGCAACUAAUGAUACCAAAAUAUCGGCACGGCAUUCGAGACGAGCGAAGGAGCGGGUUAUGUACAUAGAGAUUCUGAGAUUAUUUGUCCAUGCACCGACAUUGGCGUUGGGAAUCAUCCAAGACUAGGCUUGCCAUCACCACACUUGCGAAAACCAGAACGGUCGAUUGGCUAACCAGUAGCAUCAACC